CACCAUCAUGGAUCAAUGAAAAGACUGGUCUCGUUUGGGUUGAAUUUCUCAUCCAUCAAAAAUACAUUUGUUUUGAUAAGAUUCUUUUGCCAAAACAAAAAAAUGGCGGAAUGUCUGUUUGGAGUACAGUUUAAUGAUUUCGUCCUUGUGGCCGCGGACACCGUGACAGCGUUCAGCGUGAUUGCUCUUCACCAAGAUACGGACAAGACAUUCCGUCUCGGUGAGAAGUUGUUACUGCUGACCAAUGGAGAAUCCGGAGACACGGAGCAAUUUGGUGAAUAUAUCGAAAAGAAUUUGAAGUUGUACCGCAUACGCAAUGGCUAUGAUCUCGCACCAUCGGCAGCGGCAUAUUUUGUGCGCAAUCAGUUGGCGGAAUUUCUACGGAGCCGGACUCCUUAUCAAGUGAACAUGCUCUUGGCCGGACACGAUCACAUCGAAGGACCAUCGCUUUUCUUCAUCGACUAUAUGGGCACUUUGGCCAAAAUGCCAUUCGCCGUACAUGGGUAUGCUGCGUCAUUUUCGUUUGGAUUGUUGGAUAAACACUAUCGACCAGAUAUGAACGAAGCGGAAGGUGUUCAGUUGCUACAAUAUUGCAUCAAUGAGCUGUAUAAGCGCUUCAUCCUUAAUAUCCCGAAGUUCAAAGUGCACAGGAUUGACAAAGACGGCGUCAAGUUGUUGGGUGAUCUUCAUCCAACAGUGAAGGCUUAGAUUCUGUUGUUUGUUGUCAAACUGUAUCUCUCCACUGUUUUAAUUUAGUUUUUCGCCGUGUGUUCCCUCUUCACAACUUUUUUAAAUGUUGGAUUUUUCGCUUUCUGAAUGUUAAUGAACCACCUCCAUACAAGAGCAGUAAAUCGGCAAUCUGUAUUAUCGCAGACAGUA